AUUAAUUAAUCAAUUAAUCAAUUAAUUAAUUAUUAAUUACCCCCCAUGCCCAGGGGGUUCCAGCCGAUCCAGGAGGACGAGGAGGAGGAUGAGGGGGGUCCCCCCUCCCCCCCCGGGGGGGCCGCCCCGCCCCCCCCCGCGCUCACCCCCGCCCUGGCUCUCACCGUGUUCGCCGCCUCGCUGAGCUCGCUCGCCUUCGGCUUCAACAUCGGCGUCAUCAACGCGCCCCAAAAGGUCCUGGAAGGCGAGUACAACGCGACGUGGGCGCGGCGCUGGGGGUCGCCCCCUCCCCCCCAGACCAUCUCCCUGCUCUGGGCGCUCUCGGUCGCCAUCUUCUCGGUGGGGGGGAUGGGCACGGCCCUGGCGGGCGGGGCCCUGGCCGAGCGGCUGGGCAGGAAAGGCGCCCUAUUGGCCACCAACGGGCUGGCGGUGGUGGGCGGGGCUCUGAUGGGCGGGGCCAAGCUGGGCCCCACCUACACCCUGAUCAUCAUCGGCCGCUUCAUCGUGGGAGCCUAUUCGGGUCUGGUCUCGGUGCUGGUGCCGCUCUACGUGGGCGAGGUGGCGCCGCUGCGGCUGCGGGGGGCGCUGGGGACGCUGCACCAGCUCGGCAUCGUGCUGGGCAUCCUGGGGGCGCAGGUGCUGGGGCUGCGGGCGCUGCUGGGGACGCCCGCGCUGUGGCCGGCGCUGUUCGGGGCGGGGCUGCUGCCGGCGGCGCUGCAGCUGCUGCUGCUGCCGCUGUGUCCCGAGAGCCCGCGAUUCCUGCUGGCGCGGGGGCAGCGCGGCCGCGCGCGCCGCGGCCUGUCGCGACUGGCCGGCCCGGCGGCGGAGGCGGGGCUGGCGGCGCUGGAGGCGGAGCUUGGCCGAGGCCCCGCCCCCAGGGUGGGGCUGCUGGAGCUGUGCCGGAGCCGGCGCUACCGGCAGCCGCUGGUGGUGACGCUGGGGCUGCAGCUGGCGCAGCAGCUCUCGGGGAUAAACGCGAUUUUCUACUACUCGACGUCCAUCUUUGAGGGGGCGGGGCUGCAGGACCCGGCCGUCGGCACCAUCGGGACGGGCGUGGUCAACGUGGCGGCCACCGCCCUGUCGGUGGUGCUGGUGGAGCGGGCGGGGCGGCGCCUCCUGCAGCUCGUGGGGCUGCUGGGCAUGAUGGGAUGCGCCGGGACGCUGGGCGUGGCCCUCAAGCUGGGGGGCCCGGUGUGGGGGUCCCUGGCGCUGGGCUCGGCUCUGCUCUUCGUGGCGUUUUUCGCGGUGGGUCCGGGCCCCCUGCCCUGGUUCGUGGGCUCCGAGCUCUUCCCGCCGGGGCCGCGCGGGGCCGCGCUCGCCCUGGCCGGGCUGGUCAACUGGGCGAGCAACACGGCGGUGGCCAUGGCCUUCCCCGCCCUGCAGGACGCUCUGGGCCCCCUGGUGUUCCUCCUUUUCGGGGGGCUCCUGGGGGGCUUCGCCCUCUUCACCUUCCUGCUGCUCCCCGAGACCCGCGGCCGCGCCUUCCCCGGGGGGGGGGACCCCCAAAACGCGGCCCCGCCCCCCCUGGGGCCCCCCCUGGAGAAGGACACGGAGCUCCAGUGCCUGGCCACGCACGAGGAGACAUAAAA